AUGGUUGGUUUCCGCGAUGUAUUUCCGCCAAAACCAAGCUUCACAGAGCAGCAUGUCGGAACUCAGGCCGGAAAGGUAUUCAUCAUCACUGGCGCAAACUCUGGAGUUGGCUUCGAGCUCGCCAAAAUGCUUUACCAAAAGAACGGCACUGUCUAUAUCGCCGCCCGGUCAGAAAGCAAGAUCAAACACGCCAUCAAUACCAUACAGCAGGAAUUUCCGUCCAGCCUCGGCCGCCUCGAGAGCAUUGUGGUCGAUCUGUCCGAUCUGAGUACAGUCAAACCCGCAGCCCAAGAUUUCCUGAAAAAAGAAGACAGGCUCGACGUUCUCUUCCACAACGCCGGUGUAAUGUUGACAUCGAAUGAUGCCAAAAGCUCCCAAGGCCAUGAAUUGCGGAUGGCUACGAAUUGCCUCGGCCCUCAGCUGCUGACGGACAUAUUGGCGCCAACGCUGAUUCAGACUUCCCGGAAUAAGUCGGUCCAGCAAGACUCGAUUAGAGUUGUAUGGGUGUCAUCAAUGAUCAAUUCAGGAUCACCAAAAGGUGGAAUAGUUUGGGAUGACGCGCUGAAUAAGCCAAAGAUCCUGCCCACAGGCAUGGACCAAUAUAUGCAGACCAAAGUUGGAGAUGUGCUUCUAGCUCAUGAGUGGGGCGAGCGUCUCGCUGAGAAUGGAGUUGUGAGCGUGGGAAUCAUGUUCAAGCCUGCCAAGUUCGGCGCCUACACUGAGCUAUUUGCUGGGUUCUCGUCAGACUUGAAAGUGCAAAAUACCGGGUCCUACUUGAUUCCGUGGGGCCGUUUCGGAUCCAUACGGGACGACAUUGCCGUGGGGAUCAAGUCAAAGGAGCAAGGCGGAACUGGCCUCGCGAAGCGGUUCUGGGAAUAUUGUGAAUCCGAGAUUAGCUCGUACAAGUAA